AUGGAACUGGAAGAUGUGAAAAAUGAGAUGAGACAAUUUUACACUGAAGAUGAUCCAUCAACAAGAAGAUUCCCUUCUCUCAUGGGCUUCAUAGUUCCAGAAAGUGUGGAUGAAUACCUCGAUCUCAAAGCAAGGCAGGCUAAGAAAAGAGCCAAAAUUAAAUGUGAAGGUCAAAGUGACGAAGCCAUUGCUGAAAAAUUGGAAUUCUUGCUCACAAAAGUCAAGCAGAUGGGAGAUUAUGCACAAGAUCUAGACAAAGAAAAGAAAGAAAAACGAAAUAAAUUGAGAAAAGAAUAUCUUGAAAAGAAACAGGAGCUGAUUGAUGCUAAGGUAGACACUGCUGAAGCUAUAGCAAAAUGGACAAAGCAAUAUACCGAUGAAGCUUAUGAAAGGCUUAAGAAAAGGAGGAUAACUGUUUCAAACACUCCAAAGAAUCCUGACUACAAAAAGCUAGAACAGCAGAUUGAUGCUCUUAAGUCACUGUUCACAUCAGCAGAUAACCCUAUCCUUGAGAAAAAUCAAGAAAAAGGAAAACUGUUGACUAGUGAACAAGAUAAAGGAAAGAAAGCUGAGUACUUCACUGAUGCCAUCAAGAAAAUGGAUCUAAAAGAAGAUAGAUCAGCAAAGCUCCAAGACCUUGCCAAAAAGGUAUUAACCAAACCUGCAUCACCAAAUGACUCAGCAGAAAUAUCAGACAUUGAGCCAGAUCAACAAAAGAGACAAGAGCAGAUUGAAAAAGAGACUACAGAAGACAUAGCUGCAGCAAUUAAUGUCAUUGAAAUGGCCUUCAACAAAAUGUCUGAAAGCUUACAACUUUUCACAAGACCAUCAUCUCCAAACGCAUCAGAAAAUAAAUCUCUCCCGAGAAACCCAUUGGGUUCAAAAGUUGAUAGGAUGCUAAGCUUGCUUUGA